GAAAAGAAGCUCUCAGGCGCCGAGCUGAAGAAACAAAAGCAGGCAGAGAAAGCAGCAAGACGUGAAAAGGAAAAGGCCGAACGCAUGGCUCAGCUCGGUCAGACAGCUGCAGCACCACAGACACCUGCCAAGGGCUCCAAAGGCGGUGAUGCAAAGAAGGGUGGAGAGGCAGCACAAAAGGGCGGUCCUGCUCAGGGCCAGGCACAGCACAAGAAGGGUCAAUCUCAAGGUGGAAACUUGCCUAUGCGCGGCAAACCUGGUCCUGGAGGAGUCAUUCCCAUGACUCAACAGCAGCAGCCGCAACGAAAGACUAAUAAAGAGGUCGGUCUGUUUGGCCAUCUCUACACAAAUGCCCCUAAGAGAAACACUAUGGAGGGUGUGAGUAAGGAGGUUCACCCUGCUGUUCUGGCACUGGGUCUGCAAAUGAGCUCCUUUACUGUCUGUGGUAGCAAUGCACGAUGUGUUGCCAUGCUGCUUGCGUUCAAGAAGGCCAUCCUCGACUACCAAACACCACACAACACCUCUCUCGCCCGCCAUCUCACAUCUCAUUACCUCUCACCACAAAUCGACUACCUCAAGUCUCACCGUCCCAUCUCUGUCUCCAUGGGCAACGCCAUUCGUUGGCUCAAGGACCUCAUCAUCAAGAUCGACCCCGACACGCCAGAAGCAACCGCAAAAGAAGACAUUUGCGCCGCCAUUGACACCUUCAUUCGCGAACGUAUCACCGUAGCCGACACUGCUAUCGCUGCAACUGCUUGCGCAAAGAUCCGCAACAACAGCACCAUUGUCACAUACGCAAAGUCCUCCAUUGUCGAGAAGACACUGCUUCGCGCUUGGGAAUCAGGCACCCGCUUCAAGGUCGUUGUCGUCGACUCGCGUCCUCUGUUCGAAGGCAGAAAUCUGGUACGACGACUUGCCAAUGCUGGAAUUCCUGUUACCUAUCUCAUGGCUGCCGCUGCACCUCACGCUCUCAAAGAUGCUGAUUUGGUUCUGUUGGGUGCCCACGCCAUGAUGGCCAACGGUCGCCUAUACUCACGUGUGGGUACUGCUGCAGUAGCCAUGUUGGCCCACUUCCGCGACAUCCCAGUCAUCGUACUUUGCGAAAGUAUCAAGUUCACCGACCGAGUCGCUCUGGACAGCAUCGUGCUCAACGAAGUCGCACCUGCUGAACAACUGAUUCCCGUCUCAAAGUCUGUUUCCACCCCUGCAGCAACAGAUGCCAAGAAAGACGACAAAGAAGAAGACUCACAAGCGAAAUUGGAGAACUGGCGCGACAUGCCUAAUCUGCAGUUGUUGAACAUUCUUUAUGAUGUCACGCCUGCUGAGUAUGUCAAUAUGGUCAUCACUGAGUAUGGAUCUUUGCCGCCUAGCUCUGUCCCUGUGGUGCAUCGUAUCAGUACAGAG